AAAGCCGAUAUUAAAAUUUCUGUUCAAUGGAAUUUCACGCGUUUCUCCGUCGACGAAAGAUUCCAGGUACAGGUAGAGGGUAAAAGGAGGGCCAUAGAAUGCGCCUGGGUUUUUCGUAUUCACGACCAGGCUGUUUUCUCCUUCCGAGAACGAGAAUCACAAUGGCCGAGUACAAUAGGGCUCGAUCGUGCGUGCACGAUCACGAUCGCGAUCCAGGCGAGUUUUAUUCCCCCCCAGGCUAUCGAGUCGCGUUAUCGUUUCUCCUCGGGACCGAUCUCUACAGAGUUUCAAACACAGCCAGGAAAAACUCUUGCAAUUUUCCCGAAGUUUCCUCCGCUUUAUCGCGUCGCGUCGGUCAGUUCCUUUGUUUCCUGGUCCACCAGCUCUCCGGUUGCUGCGACCACGAUGGACGCCGUACGCUGUUCCUUUCUCUCUUCCUCUCAUCCUUUCUCUUCACAUCUCUCUCUCUCUCUCUUCAAUUCCUUAUGCCGCAGCCUCGGCUCGUUCUCUCGGUCGUAAGAGCGUUCUCUCGAAACCAGUUUCCAGCUGUCAGCGUCUAGUUUCUCGCGUACGCCUUACCUCGGCCGCGAUAUGUGCAAGAAUUUUUCAGCGACCUCCCGUAACCCCGGCCCGUCGCGUUGGUCGCUUUCGAUUUACCCGGUCGCACCGGCGAGAUAAGCCAGGGGAAAAAGGGAAUCCGGGCCGAUAAGAAGCGCGACGAACGCGGCCGGAAAGCAGCGCUCGGCUCGACCGAAAUAAUUUUCUCCCCUAACGAAAGCCGAAGGGCGUGCGUCUGGACCAAAAUAGGCGGAUGCAGAGGCAAGACACGGGCCGGUGCUUUGCCUUGUCGAAUUCAUUCAUCAGAAGCGAGAGGGAGAGACGGUGGUACACAGGAUGAGGGCUGGGAAUGGAAGUAGGGUACGGAGGGAAGGGAAAAGGUUGAUUCAAACGUCCAGGCUUAAACUCCAUCGUUGCUUCGUGUGUACAGCCAGGUUCUCGACCGUCCUGUUUACAUGCCGUGUAAGCAUCCCCCAGGGAUGCUUCCUCGAGUUCCUGGAAAGCGACCGACUGAAAAGUGGACGAAUUUUUCGGGAGAGAGCGUGGGAAGCGACAGAUGGUGCACGGAGGAUCAGGUCAAAUCUCGGGGGACGGGAAAUAGCCGCGAUAUUCUUUCGCAGGUAUCGAGCCGAAGACAUUUUCGAUCUUGUAUACCUGCUCGUCUUAGUACCUUCCUGAAUUUAUGAUCCUUUUAGCGGUCUCGAAGUCUGGAUGGGAAAUAGAGACUCUCUAGUUUCGACGUGCAUUAAGGGCGUCGAGGAAUAAUCGAUGCGUUCAGAAGGGAGGGAGAUAAAGUGUGAAAUCGUUAUUCAUUGAUAAUAACAGUAUGAUGGAAUCAUCAUGCGUAUCGAAUUGGAAAAAUAAUUUUUGCAGGAAUGUGUAAAUUUUAGAAAAUGAAAGUAAUAUGUUGUAUAGAAAUUAAUUAGAAUUGCGACUCUCUCUAUGAUUCACCGUUUUGGUGAAAGUUGCGAAACCCAUUAUAUUUUUAACCCUUUUAGAAUGAUAUGGAAAAUGGUGCACGCGUUUCUUCUUCGCGAGUAAUCGUGUCGAGGUCGGGGGUGAGUAGUCUCAUUUUCCCCGCGUGUCCGCGAAAGGAGAGAGGCAAGGGCUCGCGUAUCGGUCGUUAUCCUUUUGGUAUUACUCGACGACCGAUUCCCCGACCGUUCGAGUCAUUUGAGAGCCACUGUGCCGCGGUUCUGCUGAUACGGCGAUGCGUCAUAAGUAAAUACUCGCGUACCUGUAACUCGUUAUCGGCGUUAACGCGGCCACCGCUUCACGUUGGCUGGCACCCAGAGGUCGGUUCGCCAGCGAGCGAAUCGAAGCGUUCCCGACGACGUCGCGCGAGUUGAGUCGAGCCCGAGUCUCGUCGCGUUCGCGAUUACCUCGAAUCCAUUCUCUCUGUUCGUUAUUCCACAGCCGUGUCUUGCUCUUUCUCGCCUUCUAUCCCCCACCUUCUGUUUCACUCGCUCUACGUGCAUUACGCGAACGGACUCGCAGUCAGUCGGCACAGAGUCAUCGUUGACGCCACCGAGACCCUCCUUAUCCCUUUCUUUCAUUCUUUUCCUCCAUUUCAAUCUCCCUCUUCGCUCCUCUCCGUUAAUUCAUCCCGCGAUGUUCCUUGAUUUUCGCGGUCCUCUUAAUAUUCCUUCCCCGUUUCACCGCCGGCAAUCAGCCCAGAGCCCUUUCGUUCGCGUUCCUGGUGAAACAUCAUCGAGAACGUACGUUGCAACGGGAGUGGUCAGUGUUCAGUGGUUGUGAUACUUCUUCGAUGCCACGAGAAGGAUAGAGCGGCUUCGACCUUGCUCACCCGUUUGGAGGCAAGAUCGGUGAGCUUCGCCUCGCGGGGACAGAAUGGAAGGAGAGGAUGUAGGCGAUGAUAAGCUUUCGAAAAAGGAAGAACCGGGGCUUCGUGUUCUCUCGGUCGACAAAGUCACCGUGGAGAAGAUCGUGUUCGAAUCGUCGAGUGGAUCGCGGGAAGUGCUGCUGACGAAGAACGAGACCUCGAGGAAACUGUCGAUUAAGUCCGAGCUCUCGCGGUCCGAGGACGAAGGGAGGAAGAACCGCGCAUCGCUUCCGGAGGACAUACUCGCGGCGAACUCGAAGGGCGCGAUCGAGAAGAGGAUCAAACCGAUCAAACUUACCAAGGGUCCCUCGAUAGGCAGCAUCGUGGUCGACGUUCCGUCAAAGUUAGAAAUUAACGAAUCCAAUUCAAAGAAAGCUGAAGAGAAAGCAAAGGAUGAAGAUAAUCAGGAUGACCGAAGGGAGAACGAGGGAACCGAGGCGAAAGAUCGUUUAGAAAAGAGUCGUUCGAACAUCAAAGUGCUGCAGGAAAAUUUAACAACCAAGAUCGACGCCAACACCGUCGAAAGGUACAGGAGGAAGUUGCAGGAGCUGCGCGAGAACUGCGCCCACAAGUUGCUCGAUUCGAACGCGAACGAGAAGUUCACGGAGGUCGCGUUCGACGAGGAAUUCCUGCAGAAGCACAACCUCGACAGGAGAUUGAAGAUCGAGGAGGAUAGAUCACCGGAGGGUGAGCUCGAGCAGGAAUCGGACGAGUUGCUGACGAAGGACACCGCGACAGCGAAGCCGAGCUACAGCAAGAAGGUCUCCGAGGUGGAGAAAAGGUGGUCCGGAGAGUUCCUGGAGAACAGACUGACGCGUCGAUCCUCGGAAUCCUCCAAGUCCUCUUACGUGGAGGAAUUCGGCAGCGUAUCCUCCGAGGAGAGCGUCGCGGGAGAUCGCGACUCGCCGCGAUUCGAGCGAGAGAAGAGGAAUACGGAGGUGGAAGAGAGCGGACGAGAGUCUUUCGGGAGGCAAACUUCGGAGGAGGUCCUCGCGGACAGUACCGUGAGCACUUUAGAUUCCGACUCGUGUCUGGAGGAUCGGAUCAAGGCGUUGGAGGAGGAGGAAAGUGUAGAUCGGAAGGACGAGGUGGAGGAUGACGAAGGAGAGGAUCUCGACGUGGUGCGUCGUCGACGUCGCUCGAAGCUGUUAGCGUACGAGCGUGCCGAUCGUUGGAACGAGUCUCUGAAACGGGCGAAGGUUUCGAGCGGUUGCUCGACGGACUCGAUCGACUCGACGCGUUCGAGGAAGGACGGUUACGCGAGUCUCGUGAGGGAAUUGGCCAUGGAGGCGGCGGCGGGCACUUCUCGAGUGAAGAAGGAAGAGAAGCAAAAGAGGAAGCUGGGGCUUCGCAGAUUGCUGCCUGGUUUCUUCUCGCCGAAGGAUUCCCGGAAGGAUUACAAGAAGAAGAAGGAGUCGAAGGAGAGGAGGAGGCACGAGGACAGACACUUCGCUCGUUACCAGCAGAACGGAAAUUACACCAGAUCGCCGGACACGAUGAAUCUGAACGAGGACAUCAAGAGGAACGUGAAGCUGGACAACAGUCUGAACGGAUCGAUCAUCGAGGAGAGGCUGGACGAGAUAAAACGAGAAUUGUUCCCGGAUCAGUGCCCGAUAACCAGCACUCCGGACCACCUGGCGCGGGACGAGGAGCAGAGUCUGUUGCGCGACCGAAGCGGAGCCGCCAGGGCGUACGGCAUCGACUCCAGCCUGAGCUCCAUCGCGCCGGACGACAGGUGGAACGAGAGGAGCGGGCAUCUUGGGAUAUCCCCGGACAUCCGGAAGUUCGAGCAGAGGCAGAAGCGCGAGGAGUUCGACCAGAGGUACGGGGGGCAGCAAUUGGAGCGAAAGCACAGCCUGCAGGAAUCGAAUCCACCGAACCGUCUGUGUUUCUUUCAAAGAAAUCAUGGCCCCUCGGGAAGAAUCUCGGCGCCGCCCAGCGAGAGGUACCUCGUCCGACCCAGGGCGAUCCAUCCGAUCGACAGACCUCUGCCGGCGAUCCCUCGAUCCCGAGUCGACUCGUCCAAUUAUGAAAACUAUCCGGAGGAAGAUAAUCAACCGCGGCCGAUCGGUUAUGAACGGAGUGGGGCAUACACAGCGGACAAGGCGGAAUAUUCUAACAAAUCAACGUUGUAUGAGAACGAAGGUUCGCCAGGUGGAUUGAUUCUGAAAUCGGUCUCCGCUCAGGUGAAGAUCACGCGGCAGCCGAUAGGGAAUCAGAACCAGAAGAGAGCGCCCUUGGUCGGUCGAUCUCCGAAGUAUCUUUCUUCAGGUUCCAGUCAGAAAUCCGGGGACUAUGGAGAUUCCAGUUGCACGCCGAACUCCAGCCAAAAAAGCGAGUUCUCGCCGACCAGUUCGAAGAGCGGGGAGUAUUAUUUGAAUUCUCCGCGGAACAGCGGCUCUCCUAACGACAGGGACUUCGACGAGGAGAACCCGUCCAGCAGGGAAGGCAUCUACGAGAACGAGAAUGAGAAUUCGCCUUCGAGAUCGUCCACCCGGUGCGCGGAUGAGAGGAUCUACGACGAAACGCCGUCCUCGCCGUCUAAACCGCCUAUCCGUUCUCCAAUGGAUGAUUCUUUGGAUAAGACGGACUCUUCUCCGGGUCGAGGAUGUUCCAAGGGCGGACGACCAAUGUCGCCCAGGACGAACGCGGACAAACAGAGCAUCGAUGGAGAAACUGGCAAAACAGGAGCGCGGACCGUGCCUUCCAGGAGGUCCCAGCCUAACGAACAGAUCCUGAUCGCCUCGCCGAAGAGGGAAAUCGCGUACGAGUGUCGGAUACCUCGGCCUUUGAACGAGUCCAGACUCUGCGCCGUCGAAUCUCCCGUGCGGAUGAUGAAUUCGCCUCACAGACUCACCGGAGUGACCCCGUUGGAGCCGCGUAAUCAAGAUCCAAGCGGGAACCGGGAGCCUCCAGCCUCGAAGAUGAUCGACUAUCCAGGAGGAGGAGGAGGACUCACGGAGAUAGCCCGGCCGGAGCCCGUUUACGGACAUCAUCGAAAUCAACCAGUAGCAGGUCAGAAUGGUGGAUCGCAAGCGGAGGAUGAGCGGAGAAAGGACUGCGACGAUAGAGUGGCUUGGGUUCAGGGAAGAGCAACUUCUCCGGCGACGAGCCCUAAACGAAACGAAGCAACAUCUGGAGAGAGAAACGAAUCCCCGGUUACGGAAAACCAUCGACAGGGUCAAAAUCAACCGCCCUCUCGUUCGCCUCGGUCCGUGGCCCCUUUGCUCCUGCAAGAAGCGCAACGCCCCCGCAUCGCGGGUCGGGAGAAAUUGUACGGAACCGCGGGCCCGGGACGCGCAGACCCACCCAGGGUCCUCCAACCACAGGCGCAGCAACGACAACCGCGAUCGCCCACACCGCGAAGUCUAACGGAACCUUUGUACCUUCGUCAAAUCCCCGAGUCGACUUACGGGCAACGGGAGAACGCGGCCGUCGGGCCGCUGUCGCCGUCGAAGCAGGAGACUCGACAACACCUGGAGGCGUUCUACUGGCAGCAGAAGACGCUGGAGGCGAGCAGGAAGACCGUCGCGCCUCCGAGCGCGAACGCGAACCCGAGACAGAUUGGAAGGAAAAUUGAUUUACCGGAGGUCAGGGAGGCGGUGUAUUGGCAGCAGCUCAAGAAGCUGGACGAGGAGCAACAGAGGCGCAUCUACGAGCAGAAUUUGAUGGAGGAGUCUUCCUGUUGCAAGGCGGGACCGAAGAUUCCCUCUGCGAGGUCCGUGUCUCAGAGGCAAGUGUCGGUUCCAAGUCCCGCUGGAGCUAUGAAUCUUUCGUUGACGAUCGGAUACGGGGAGCCGGGUCCGUGGGCGGGUAAUGUCUGUCGUUCGAAAGGGAAUCCGAGCGGAAAGCCGCCGUUAAUGCAGAGUCAAAAGGGUCCGAAUCAACCGGUGUUGAUCGUGAGACCGCAACAAGCGAUUCGCGAACGUCGAGAAGCAGCGAUGCCCUCUAAGCCCGUCGAUUCCUCUCGCAGACCGGAAACGCAGAGGUCGAAAAGCGCUUCCCCGCAUUUCCACCGCGGCGACGCCCCUCAGAUCGUGCCGCGGAAACUGGACGCCCCGUCGAUUUACGAGGAGGAAGUAGCAGCGGUGAACGACGUCGAAGGGAAAAGCGCGCCUCCUCCGAUAUUCAAAAGGGGCAGCCUGAUCGGCGGAGAGUCAGCGGAAUAUGGCACCGGAGGUGGCGCUAAGAGGGUCAGCUUUUCGAAUCAGUCGACCACCGUCGGACGAGAUUUGCCCAGCGGAAGUUGGCCGACAAAACAUGGCACAGCUCCGGAACCACCGACUCGAAGACAUCGAAGCGAGGACAGCGUUUCCGACACGGACUCGGUGUUUCUUCACCAAGAACGUCGCGACGCUGCGGCUGGCCCCUGCCCCGACGUGGAAUACGACGCUGACAGACCUCUACCUCCUCUGCCCAACGACGUGGCUCCUGCGAAUCCGAGCGGAAGUGGCAGUACGCCAAGGAGCAACGCGUACGGGGAAGUUCGAUGGAACCCCCCACGACCGGAUCCACGACGAGCCAUCAGCCCCCACCGGAUGCUUCGCCCAAAGGAGGAAGAGUGGAAUUCGGAUGGCAAGGGCCGACAGUCCAACGACAUCGGUGGGUCCGGCAGGGGGGAGGGUGAGGCAGGCUCGAACGAAAUUCCAGGUGGUAGAAGGGGAGGUGGCGGCGGCGGUGGUAUCGGAGUCGGGGGCGGAGGAAGCGUGUUGGGUGUCGGAGGCGGGGGUGGAGGCGGAGGAAGCGGCGGAGGCGGCCCGGGGGGCAGAAGCGGGUCGGUGGGUGGCGGUCGGUCAAGGGACGAGCCGAGGAGGCACACCCUCAGUGGCGAUCACCAACCGUCCCUACAUCAUCAACAGUUCAACGCUGCCCAGCAGUUGCAUCCCCUUCAUCCCCAUCACCUGCCGCCGCCACACGGACAGUACGGUACGCCGCCUACGCGUCACACCACCAUGGAUCUCGAGAUGGGGACCAAGUCUCGCCAGAGAAAGUCGCCUCUUCCGCGCGGGUACCCGCCUCCCUCCUCCACGAUGUUGCUCGAUGAAGACCCGGGCAUCAUGUCCGAGGUGGAGACAUCGAGCACCGGAUUCCGUCGGGGUGGUAAGCAAAGAAGCAGCCUCCCCGUGGUACGGAACCCCAGCAAGACACUGGAGCGACCACUAGGUCUAGUGUUCCUGCAGUAUAGGAACGAGACGAAGCGGGCACUGCUACCCAACGAAAUCACUAGCAUAGACACCGUCAAGGCCCUCUUCGUCCGAAGUUUCCCGAAGCAACUGACUAUGGAGUACUUAGACAGUCCACACGUGAAGGUUUACAUACACGACAGUAACAAGGACAUGUUCUACGAACUCGAAGAUCUCAGAUCCCAUCUGAGAGACAUCCGAGACCGUAGCGUGCUGAGACUGUUCGAGAGUACCGACGGCGUGACCGGGAUGUCGGGACCCCUUGGGAUACCCGGGACCGGGGCAGGACUUCCCCCGCACUGGGAGGACCAGAGCUACUUCAGCGAGCCGGAGUUCGACAGCGAGUACCAGCACCAACACAUUCACAAGAGCAAGACGGCGAAGAACUCGACUUCCGGGAGCAGCGGCUACUACGUCGGGGGGAGCAGCACCCUGCCGCGAGGAGGACCGGUGAUGAGAGCGUAUAGUCCCGCGGCGUCGUCGGUGGUCGGACCGAGUUCCACCCCAACGCAGCCUAAACCUCUGACGACUCCAGAUGGUUGGAUAGGUGGUGGCGGGGUGCCGCCGGCCAAGCCGCUUCGCAGCUACCAGUGUGGUAAGAGUCCCCUUGGAAGUCUCGGGGGCUCGGCACGCUUCUCUAGAGACAGUUCGGUCUCCCUCUAUAGUAUAGCAGAUCGAUUGCACGGCGAGAGCGGCUACAUGAGCAGUCCCGAAAGGGGGGGAGGAGUUGGCUCCGGGACCGGAAGAUACCCGCCUGGACCGUACAGCGCCGGGAGCAGCUACGAGGAUCCUUACUACUCGCAAUACUCGGGGACCGUCACGCCGGUCAUCGACGAGGAAGCCAGUGGGUGGUGCAGCGAUACGGAGCUGUUGGAGGAAUCGUACAGCCUAUACGGUGUGAAACCGCCAGGCCGUCCGCCGUCCGGUCCACCGCGAUCCCCGUUUCCUCCAGGGGCGCCACCACCUUUGCCACCCGGUGGUCAGAGCUACGACGCUACUCGGAUAAGAGUAGAACACAUGGAGAGACAGCUGGCUAACCUGACGGGACUGGUGCAGAAGGCUCUGACCCACGCGCCGCACACCAGUCCAUCGCCGCGAGAUUACUUGCAGGUUCCUGCGGGACGCGACCCAUACGCGAGAGGACCAGGCGCCGGGGACGAGUUCGACAAACACUCUAGCUCCAGCUCUGCCUCAUUGCCAGUGUCUCAACCUGCCGUUACAGAUGACUCGUACUUAAGGACUGACGUAAAACCACCGAAAUUAGGCAAAGACAAGUCGGUGUCCUUCGAAAAGUCAGUGUCAUUCAGCGACGACCCGCCAGACAUGAACUCUCCUAAACAGCAUUCCCCGCAGCACGCAGCGGAUACAAAACCAACGAAACCGGCGAUCAAAUCCUCCACGUUGCCGAGGAUGUCUUCGCAAGAGAGGGACAGGCAUAAGCCGACUCCGCCGCCGAAACCAGCGGCCCUAGUCGCCGGUCAAUACGUUUAUCGGGACUUGGCUCUCACGCCGGAAAUGUACAAUCAGCUGCGAGGCUUGCAGAAGAAGGCGAAGGAUCUCAGGCAGGAGGUACGAAACCUGCGGCGCAUGUCUCAGGCACAGGCGCACACCAUACGGGAGACCAUUCUGGACACGUUCAUCACGAUCAGGGCUAUGUUACUGUCAUGCGGAGACGCAGCCUGGGACGCGGAAAAGAUUCGACUGAGCCGCGAGGAAGACCUCUACAGGCAGGAAAUGCUGAGGCUGGUAAAAGAUCUGACCGAGCUGGAAAACACGGUGGAGGAAUUGCGUGGCAACGUCAUAAACAGGAAGACGAGGGUAAACAUGUCGGACGUGGAGAACAUGGCGUUGAUAAUGAGCAAAUCGAGUUUGUCCCGUUUCAGCAAAACGGUAGCCGAUCUGAAGGUACGAUUUCCGAGUCUACAAGAGGGAAUGAAGGGUCUGCUGAGCUCGGAAAUGGAGAUGGUCGUACGAGCGGAAAAGUUCCUGAAGGAAGAACCCGAACGACUGGAGUCAGCGUUGAAGCGUUGCAAAAAGCUCACCAGUACCCUCGUGACGCUCAAACGCUUGGCGUCGGUGCAAGAGCAGCGAUUACCAAACGCAGCGACGAGCGUAGACGCCGAGGAGACACCGCCGAUAACACCCACUUCCGCUCAACAUUCCAAGGCAACUGCCCCUGUGCCAGCGGAACGCACUGUCGUGGGGUCAGCGAGCGUCAUCGGGGGAGGGCCCCACGCUCUCGAGCCACCCGCCGCCCAUCAGCAGCGUCCGGAGAACGCACUCGACGCUCUGCUAGACGAGCUCCAGACGUUCUCGAGGCCGAGUUCGCAGCUCGGUCACGUGCAGACGUCGGUCAGAGGAGAGGCGCCAGCAGGAGCGGUCACGACGAACGUCGGCACACCGGCACGGGCGCCGUGCAUCUCGGACAUCGGGAGAAAGGGAAGCAUCGACUCGUCGAGCGGAACGGUGAUAGCCGCCCUGGCGCCGACCGGCGCAGCUGCGAACGUCGCCGGUGGCACUCUACGCCGACUGCACUCUUAUCCUUCUAGUUCGGACACGGACACCUCGCCCCCCAUAGCGAGACUUCAGGUUUCGUUGCAGGAUCAGCAGCCGAGUCUGCCCACGUUGCCGCAGGGUUUCGUGCCGGGUCAAAAGCCGCCGGUGCCGGAACGGAACGCGGAGCUGCUGCAGUUGGCCACAGCUAGAAGGGUCCCACCACCUCCCCCGCCGCGCACCAGCUCCAGAUCCCCGUUGGCUAGCCCCACUAGUCCCCAGCUACCGCCCAGAAAUCACUCUUGCAACUUGCAGACCGGGAACGCGACCCUGCGAAGACCUCCGGCUCGCGGCACUCUGCCGAUCAAGGAGGGCAAACCCCCGAUGGCUCUACCGGCCGAAGCCGUCUCCGCUUUGGACGCGAGGCCGUCGCUGCUGCACAACAACGGGUCCACCGGGUCUCAGACGUUGGCGGUGCUGUCCACAAGCAACUCCAGCUCCUGCGAGAGCGUCAACUCGCAGGAAGGCCUGCAGAUCGAGAAGGAGAGACAGGAGCAGCUGGACCAGCGACACCAGGAACUGCUGCGCAAGCAGAAGGCUCUGCAGGAACAAUACGCGCGCCUUCAACAGCUGCAGAGAAACACGGCCGGCCUGACCACCGUGCCACCCGCGCCCCCGGAUCUCCUGAAGAAAACCGGCUCCGAAAGCAACCUGUUGGCCAAGAUGGGCCUGGGACUCAGCGCCGCUAGUUCCGGAUCACUGACCAGCCUCGCGGGCAAACCAAUCGCCCCCAUCCCUCAGGAAGCAACGCGAGCUGAACAGCCCGGCGACCAACGGAACACCGCGUCCGUGAACUCGUCGACGUCCAUCAGGAUCGCGACCACAGCCACCGCGUCCACCGAGUCGAACGGCGCCGAUCAAGUUCCGAACUCGGCCGCGAUUUCCAACGGCGCUGCCUCCGCCACGACCGCCCCCGUCACCGCGACCCCGAGUACGACCACCACGACCACCAGCAAGAUCUACGAGACGGACAUUCUGUGACCGAGAUAUCGAUUCUCGAUCGACUCGACCGUCGAGCUGCUGGUCCGGCGGAUCGCCAGGCUCGCGAUCGCGAGUUAACGACUCCUCGGGGGCUAUUCUCGGGCGCUGAUUUUAUCGGGACACGGAUACACGUUUAACGGGAGGUAUUAGACUGGCUAAGCGGCUCGUGGAAACGCGGCAGCUCGCGUUUCGAUGGAAAGUAGGGUAUCACAGCGUAGAGAACUUAGCGAGUCACGCGUUAUUUAUAAUAUCGAUUAUCAUAAUUAACGAUAUAGUGUUAGAGUAAUCGUAAAGGGAAACGUAAUCUCUGUCGGAACCCAACAGGGAGAGAGAGAGAUUCUUAAACAGAGGGAGAGGGGGAUCGCCCAGCACCCUUCCAGGGUGUUCAACGAUCACGGAAAGAGAAACAGGUACGUCGCGUUAAGAAGUCGAAGCAUUUCAGACUUUCGGAGAUCCGAGUUCCUGUCCGAAACGCGAAGCUGUAAUCGACUCCCUUCGGACGAAGGGAGGGAAGAGGAGGAGGGUCCUCGUGUCGUCAAACUUUCGCGACGAUUGUGCCAAACGAGAUGAGAGAGUAAAGGAGAAAGAAACCGCGAUUCCUUGCUACCUUCUCGCAUUUUCGACUCGGCCAAUUCCAUUUUUUACCCGCGACACCAUCGCCGAACCAUCCUGCGUACGUAUAAGUAUUUAUUGUAUCCAUUGAGAAGAAUACAUAUACAAGAGGGACGAGAGUAAAGGAGUAUCAUAAAGGAGUAUUUAAACGAAUAUAGAUAGGUAGAUAAAGAGGCGGAUGAGAGGGAGACCAGAAUGUCGCAGGUGGAUGCCGCAGACGAAUUUUCCUCCUGCAAUUUGCGGCGCGUUUCGAGUAGGUAGCUUUAAUCACGAGCUCGAGCGAAAAUGCGACGAAGGAGAGCGCGAGAAAAUCCUGAGAGAGGCAAGAUUUAAAGGAACAUUGCUCAAUAUUUACCGAUUGGAACGCGACGAGUAUACAUACGUAUGUACGGUAGACUCUCGUUAUAUUGCCGCAGAAGUGGUUGUAGAGGCAGGAAAUUUUUCAAGCUUACAGUUGGAGGGAAAAGGAAGAUAAAAAUAUAUCACUUUCGAAUGGUAUUGUUAUACUUGGAAAUCUAUAUCAUAGAGAAAUCCUUCACGUGGCAAUAUAACGAGAGCCUACUCGUAUAUCGCGAGGCGUGCGCGGCGCGCCGUUUCAAAUCCAAUUCGUUCCACUUUCCAAGCGCAAAUUGCGAAAAGAAAUCGAUUGUAAAUUGUUUAACAAAUUAACCGCUUCUUCUCGAAAAUCGACCGGCUUUUGUCUGUGUGCUCCGCGCGCUUUACAUUGGAACAGCGUCGCGAACGCCUCGACGAUGCAACCCGUGAAACAUUCAUUCCUAAUUCGAUUAGUCGAUCAAUUAAUUCGCUUGAAUCGCAUCAACCAAGUUUCUGUCGUCGUACGGAACGCGAGCAAAAGAAUUGUUCUGAUAAAAAGAACGUUGGAAGAAAAAGAAAUGGUAGGAAAUUAAGGGAUCCGUGCUUCCUUCGAUACCAGUGAUCUAAGAUGGGAUAGGUUUCUCUGCGCAUGCGCGACUUUUCGUGACGUACCAUGAUGGCGGCGCGGACCCCAGAGUUUUUGGCGGGACUGCGCUGGACAGUAACAGGUUCUUUACCUUAUCACUUUCUUAUCUUAUAACAUCGUAUAUACAUAUAUUCAUUAUUUAUAAUUCCAAAUUUUUAAGUAAUUUAAAUGAGAUCAAACGCAGGGGCACUAUAAGUCCCUCGUUUCAUGCGUACACAAUGCACAUGCGCGGAAUAACCUAUCCUGCCUAAAAUCGCUGUUCGAUACUCGACAGAAAUCCAUGGUAUAUACGUACAUACACAUACAUCCAUCACACGCGUCACUUAUAUAAUCUACACGCGCAUACUUUGCUUCAGGCCUAAUAGCCGAUAGAUUCGAAUCCGUGCUUAUUCGAUUUUCCGUUCGUUUUCCGUUUGCCUCGUGACACAUUGGCGCCGGCGGUUUCCUUUCCUCGUCGAUCGUCGUCGAAUAGCGAAUUAGUAACAAGUUUCGUCUACUGUACGCGAUCAUCGUAAUCGUGCUCUUAUUUAUUUUCUACGUACACACCAUGAAACUCAUCUAUAUGGAAGUAAUAAUUAAUAUACAUAUAAGGAUAAGAGUAAUACGAGUAAGAUAUGGAUAAUAACGAUCGAUCACACACAGUAUUCAGUUGCGAGUGUUUAUCAAAACAGAAAGAAAUGCUACUCUAUCCCAACGAACUAGCACUUGCCGUUCGAUCGGUCUAGAUCGAACCGCUGUGUAUUGUGUUCCACCGAAUACCACGACAAACUUAGAUACUCACACUUACACGGGCAAUCUACAGCCGCAUAUCGUCGCAUUUGUACAAAGCUGCUUCUUUCUAUCCGACUCCUGUUCGUUUCACGCUCUUUGUUUAUCCAUGAUAGUACGCGUUUCUUUCAUCCAUUUUACCUAUCAAUGUACCUGCGUACACCUGUCUCGUUCCCUAAAAAUAACCCGCGAGAAUUCAUUCCCUGUUUUACCGUGCCACGGUAAGCAACCCUCAGACGCAGGAAGAUGCACACCUAACGAGUUUGCGCGACGCAAACCAGGACCCGAAUAGAUUCUGUUCUUUCCAUAACGUUAGCCGUAAAAAAAAAUGUUUUAAGAAUGUUUUCCGACGAUCCUGUACGCCAAAUCGAAUUGACUUGUUACAUUUGUAAAUGUUUGUAAGUAACUAUCACGUAAUAAAAUAAUCGAUUAAUAA